AGUUUUGUGUAUCUGUCAGGCAGAAAACACGCAGAGGAAACCCACGGAGGAUCGAUACUGAACUCCGAAAUAAACAGUGUGGAAGAAGCGGGGCAUGUUAAACGUUUCUUUGGGGGAAUUUUGAUUUUUUUCCCACAGUAAAGAUGCAGUUCAUGCUGCUCUUCAGCAGGCAAGGAAAGCUGCGCCUGCAGAAGUGGUACGUUCCUUUGUCUGAUAAGGAGAAGAAGAAGAUCACGCGGGAGUUAGUACAGACCGUCCUGGCCCGAAAGCCCAAGAUGUGUAGCUUCUUAGAAUGGAGGGACCUCAAGAUUGUUUACAAGAGAUAUGCCAGUCUGUAUUUCUGCUGUGCCAUUGAGGACCAGGAUAAUGAGCUGAUCACCCUGGAGAUCAUUCAUCGCUAUGUUGAGCUGCUGGAUAAAUACUUUGGCAGUGUGUGUGAGCUGGACAUCAUCUUUAACUUUGAGAAGGCGUACUUCAUCCUGGAUGAGUUUCUUCUGGGUGGAGAGGCUCAGGAGACUUCCAAGAAGAAUGUCCUGAAGGCAAUCGAGCAGGCCGACCUGCUGCAGGAGAAUCUAGAUUUUCAGAUUCGUCUCUUUCCAGGAGUUCUGGGUCCUAACGUGUCUGCCGAGUCCUCUGGUCUGUUCCAGAGCUAAAGCAGCCCAGCCCCGACAUGAGUACUUUAAUGUGCCUGUGUACUGAUUGGCUGUCACUGCUGUUGGUGGUUGUCCGUCAUGCAUGCUGAGCCCCUUCCUUACCUGCAUGGUGCUCCUGCUGGCCCCUCCUCCUCUUCCACCGCAGUCCUAAAAGAACGCAGCAUCUCUGGGGUCUUCAGUCUCAUCGUCAUCCUGUGUGUGUGUGUGUAUGUGUAUGUGUGUGUGUGUAUGUGUGUGUGUGUGUGUGUGUGUGUGUGUUAGCACCACAUUCAUCCCACACAUAUUCACACAUACACUCUCUCUAUCUCACUCCGUCUCUCUCUCUCUCUCUCUCUCUCUCUCUCUCCCUCUCUCUCGCAGUGUCUCUUUCUAUCUCUCCUUCUUUCUCAUGCACAUGCUCUCAGCCCAUGUUUACCUUCAUCUCUCGUCUACCUGUACCUGUGUGCAGAAUUUCAGUAACAACGACCCCUGGUGUUCCUUUUUGACAGCACUGUCAGUAACCACGGGCUGGUGAUCUGCAUUUCUGCAUUUAUUCAGGCUGCAUUAUUCAAGGCCACAAAUUAAUUGCACAAAGAUGAAGAGUUGAUUUUUGAGUCUACCUACAUCUUAUCAUGAACAUAAAUAAGUGUGAUGCUCACUAUGCGUUUGGCACUGUGUGUAUGGUUUUAAACUAGUAUGGGCAUUUUCUUAAAGGAAUCUUCCACAGUUUUUCAACUUAAUCUGCAUCUACUGCAUUUGUAUCAUGCAGUGGAAUCCCAUGCACAAUCAUUUCUACACUUUUCUCUGUACAUAAAAGAAAACUGAGAACCUGUUGAUUCAUAAUAUUCUUAUAAUAGAAGCCAAUAGGAUGUUACAGGAAUUAGUGUCUUUGGUAAUGAACCAUGUGCAUCAGAUGCUGAAGUAUUCCUUUAAUGCCAGGUUAAACGUACAACCAUUAUACUUUGAUAUGGUGUAUUCUUAAGUGUUAGUUUAGCCUGCUUUCUUGAUAUGGAUGAAUCAUGUCCCAAGCCCAAGGUGAAAAUGUGGAACAGGUGUUAAAAAUGAUAUUGAAUUGAGUAAAUGGUGUACAGCAGUGCGCAAAAGUCGGAGGCCAGCCUUUCAUUUAUUUAAUUUCCAGUCAAACAGAAAUGCACAGAAGCCUCAACAACUAAAUAUAAGAUUUUGCAGUAUUUAGUGGGUUCGCCAUUUGCCUUUAUUACAAGUUUCAUACUUUUUAGGAGGCUUUCUAUUAGCUUUUCACAGACAUGCACAGAGAUAUUUUUCCAUACAUCUUAAAUUCAGUCAUAGAAUUUGAUUUUUAGCUUCUCACGAGAUUAUGCUAAUCACAAACUUAGACUCAUCGGUCCAUAAAACACUAUUCUUUACUUCUCGGAAUGUUUAGCUGGGUGUUUUUCUCAGCGAGGCUUCUUGACAGCUACACAUCCUUUCAGACCCACAAUGUUGAGUUGUCCCCUCACAGUGGAAGGAUGGACAGAAACACCUUUGAAUCUUGAUUUAUUUUCAGAUCUUGCUUUUUUACUGUCUCUGAUGGAGACAGUUUGGUGGUCUGCCCGGUCUUGCACUUUUGUUAGGCAUCCCAUUUUCUCUGUAUCCUCUAAUCAUUUUUGAACUUGGAAGCUUGGAACUUCUGGAAACUCCAGGCAGCUGAAGUGGGUUUGGAUAUUUGCUUAUGUGAAUGUCGAGCAUCUUUUUGAAGGCGAACAUAGUGUCACUGAUUUCUUUGUAAAUAGCUUUUGUUGUCGGUUUUAAGUUUGUGAGGAUGGAAAAGUUCAAUUUUUUAGAUUUGAUAUCAUGCCAUGCCAUGUUGGAGACCAUUGUAUAAUUUUCCGUUAAAUAUGUGUUUCCUGCUUUUUUCUGACCUCGGAAAAAUGAAUACUUGGUGUUGUAAAGGCUGUUUUGACUGUAAAUUAAAUAAAUAUAGGGUGGUCUCUGACUUCUAAACAUUGGUAGGUGUUCAUUAUAUAUUUGACCGAAGCCUGUUGUUCAUCCACUGAGCAAAAUAUUACUGCUAGGAUUUAUGCCAGUACAGGCUGAACCACCGCUCAGAUGAUUGUAUGGAGAAAGCUGCUGACUGAAGGCAGCACUGAAGCACUUCACUCUCAUCACAGUUAUUGGUGUUUCACAGCAGCAUAACUGAGUUAGAUACUGCAACACUGCACACACACAAUGUUACUCAGCUCUUACUGAUCUGCACUGCUGGUGUUCUGUAGUCUUUAUAGUAAUAAAUCACUUUAGGCACUUUAGCCUGUACUCACUAUUUACUGACACAUUUCUCAGUCGUUCAUUUUGCACAUGGGCUCCAAUCAGUAAAAUAAAGGCAAACAUUUGCCAUUAUAAUAGCGCACAUGAUGAAAUACAAUGUAACAGAACUGCAAGAUAAUAACAUUGAUUAAAUGUAUCUGUUGCCCAGCACCCACAGCCACAAAGUACACAUGGAACUAUGUCUCACACAGUAGAAAGACUUCUAGCUAGAUUCUAGUGUCUUUGUACACUUUCUGAAUGAAGACUGUCAAAUCGCAGCAAGUAGAUUUUUAUUUGACCAUCAAAACUUUGUUCACGUUACAAAAUCAAUUAGAGUUGAUUAGUAAGAGUAAGAAUGUGAUUAGUCUUAAUCAUUUUGUCAAAAAUCAUGUUUCUUAUUCUGUUUCAUUAAAGAAGAAAAAUAAAGUGACCCAAUUGAACUGAAAA